CGCGGGCCCUGAGCACCACCGCAUGGAGCGGGACGAACGACCGCCUAGCGGAGGGGGAGGCGGCGGGGGCUCGGCGGGGUUCCUGGAGCCGCCCGCCGCGCUCCCUCCGCCGCCGCGCAACGGUUUUUGUCAGGAUGAAUUGGCAGAGCUGGACCCAGGAACUAUUUCUGUUCCAGAUGAUCGGGCUGAACAACGAACCUGUCUCAUUUGUGGGGAUCGUGCCACAGGCUUGCACUAUGGAAUCAUCUCUUGUGAAGGCUGCAAAGGGUUUUUCAAGCGGAGCAUUUGCAACAAGCGGGUGUAUCGGUGCAGUCGUGACAAGAACUGUGUCAUGUCUCGGAAGCAGAGAAACAGGUGCCAGUAUUGCCGCCUGCUCAAAUGCCUCCAGAUGGGGAUGAACCGGAAGGCAAUCAGAGAAGAUGGCAUGCCUGGAGGCCGAAACAAGAGCAUUGGGCCCGUCCAGAUAUCAGAGGAAGAGAUCGAAAGGAUUAUGUCUGGGCAGGAAUUUGAGGAAGAGGCCAAUCACUGGAGCAACCAUGGUGACAGCGACCACAGUUCCCCUGGGAACAGGGCUUCAGAGAGCAACCAGCCCUCACCAGGCUCCACACUGUCCUCCAGGUCUGUGGAACUAAAUGGAUUCAUGGCAUUCAGGGAGCAGUACAUGGGGAUAUCUAUGCCUCCACACUAUCAAUACAUACCGCACCUUUUUAGCUAUUCUGCCCACUCACCACUUCUGACGCCACAAGCUCGCAGCCUGGAUCCCCAGUCAUACAGUCUGAUUCACCAGCUGGUGUCAGCGGAGGACCUGGAGCCACUGGGUACACCCAUGUUGAUUGAAGAUGGAUAUGCUGUGACCCAGGCAGAGCUGUUUGCCCUGCUUUGCCGCCUGGCCGACGAGCUGCUCUUUAGGCAGAUUGCCUGGAUCAAGAAACUGCCUUUCUUCUGCGAGCUCUCAAUCAAGGAUUACACGUGCCUCCUGAGCUCUACCUGGCAGGAAUUAAUCCUGUUGUCUUCCCUCACCGUUUACAACAAGCAGAUCUUUGGGGAGCUGGCUGACGUCACCGCCAAGUACUCACCCUCUGAUGAAGAACUACACAGAUUUAGUGACGAAGGGAUGGAGGUGAUCGAGCGGCUUAUCUACCUGUAUCACAAGUUCCAUCAGCUAAAGGUCAGCAAUGAGGAAUAUGCAUGCAUGAAAGCAAUUAACUUCUUAAACCAAGAUAUCAGGGGUCUGAGCAGUGCCUCACAGCUGGAACAGUUGAACAAGCGAUAUUGGUACAUUUGCCAGGAUUUCACUGAAUAUAAAUAUACACAUCAGCCGAACCGCUUUCCUGACCUCAUGAUGUGCUUACCUGAGAUUCGAUAUAUUGCAGGAAAGAUGGUGAAUGUACCCCUGGAGCAGCUGCCCCUCCUCUUUAAGGUGGUGCUGCAUUCCUGCAAGACAAGUGUGAGCAAAGAAUGACCUGUUCCCAGAGCCCCUCCUCAGGCCAACCACAGCGCCUUGGGUGGGCAGGACAGGCUCCAGAAGAAAGAGCCAGAGAGACCAAGAUGGAGGCUGUGGGGCAGCAUUUCCAGUUGCCUCCAAAGCAAGGAGAAUUUUUGUUUGUUUGUCUGUUUUUUUAACCUCAUUUUUCUAUAUAUUUAUUUCACGACAGAGUUGAAUGUAUGGCCUUCAACAUGAUGCACAUGCUUUUGUGUGAAUGCAGCCGAUGCAUUUCCUUGCAGUUUACAGAAUGUGAAGAUGUUUAAUGUUACAGUGUUGUCAUUGUUUAGAGAUAGUUCUUUUGUAUUUUGAGGGAGAGGGUGGGAGGGGGCUGAGAUGAAUAUUUCCAAAAUGUUGACAAAGACGACUACCUCAGUGGAAAAGGAGGGAUAUGACCAUCCCUACUUUUUCCACAUAUUCUCAGCAGACUCGUACAUUUGUCUGUCAGAGAGCAAACUGCCUUUUCUAGCCACAGAAUUGCCAGGUAAAAGAGCACACCAUAAAGGGGCAAAGUGGUGUUAGGAGAUUUACUAAGCAAAGUGGGUGAGGCCUUGGGAACAGGACAGGAGAUGAGGAUUUAGCCAUUUCUUUUCUCUGGAAAGCAUGAAAGUUGAGAGAGUGGGGCACAGUGACCAAAUCUAAGUUAGAUGUCCUCCCUCCAAACAAAUCCUUAGGAAAGGAGUUUCUAUUCUCACAUCACAUUGUGGGGACCCCCUCCCUACCAUCUGAACUACAACUAUAGGUUUCUGCCACUUCCAGACUUUCACCAGGCAAAGUCCUGGCAAUAAGCUAACCCUCAGGAUUUGCCUACCAGUUCCUUUAGUGCUCACAGCUACCUAAUUUUCUUUCCUGGAUCUACCAACGGCCUGCCUUCCUCUGAUUCCUUGCUUCUCUCUUUUAAAUUUGACCUUUUAUCGGCCCUUUGAAAAAACAACUGAACAAAAUGUCAGGCUCUGAAUCCUAGUGCUCACUACUGAUUUAUACUCUUUUCACUUUACUUUCUUUAGAGGGUAGAGGGACAAAGGCCAGACUGCUAAAAGAAUAACUACCCUUCCCAUGGAGUUCAAUGUUCCCUCCCCUGUCCCGUCCUCCCCUAGGAAUGAAUUCAAACCCUGCAGUCUCUUCAAACAGUGGAAAGGUCCAGUCACCCAUCUGCUGACCAGAAUUUUUGCCCCUACGUUCUACUCCAACUUCUCCUAAUUUCUCCAAAGUGAGACCAGGUUUCCUUAGAACAGAAAGCCCAAGACCCGAGUGGCUCAGCUGCCCCUUAGAGUAUCAGUGGCCUGGCUGGACCAGGGCCUGGAAGGCUGGAGUCUAAAGCACCUGGAAGAGGGGGGGCUUUAAACUACCUCAUGUUCCUAAGGGCCUGGCUGCCCCCUCUGCAGAUGCAGCCUGAACCCUUUGUUCUUUCACUACCUGCCCCACCUCGUCCUGUGAAGUGUUUCUUACCCUCUUUGCUUUGGCCAGUGGCCAUACCAUGUCUGUCUUGGAACUCUUUGAGGUGCUUUUCCUUUUCUGCCUUAUCACAGCAGUUCCUGCUUCCACCCAGGUAUCCCACAGGCAAUGCAGCAGACAGCCCAUCUAGCUGGGUGCAUCCCCGGAUGGGCUUGAGGGGCCUACCGCACCUCCUUUAGCCUGUUUAGUCAAAGGCUGUUUGCUCUUUUCCCAACUUGGCCUAGCAAACUUACCCAGAGGGCCACCACAGCAUGUGUGUGCUGGGUAGCCUGUGUUGGAUUGUAAUUUUUUCUUUCCAGUGAAAUGUUACGGGUACCAGCAGAGUGAUGACUUUGUCCCUUGAUGGAUCUAAGACUCAGAGCAUUACUCCUCAAUGCCAUUUCCCCACCUGCUCUGAGAAAGAAAGAAAAGCAAAGAAAGAGAGAAGAGACAUGUUCCUCAGGAAAAGCUCCAGCCAGAAUGUUCUUCACAUGUCAAUGGGAAGACUUGUGUGUGUAUGUGUGUCUCUUUAUUUCUAAGUUCACAAUAUUUUUAUUUCCAUGAAUUUUUUAUUUAACCAACUAGAUCACAUUCUUUGGCUACAGGUCAGACUCUGAGCUGCUUUCAAGAUAGGGGACACAUCAGAGAUUCUCUAAGAUGGCUUCUAUAUGCAGCAUCUUUCUUUGCUUAUACUUCUAUCUGUCAGAUCAGUUUUUUUUGGAAAUUGAUUUUCUCUUAAGCAUUUUACCAGUUGCAUUGGGCAUCAAAGGAAAUUACUCUGUGAUGAAGCAAGAACGUGUCUCUCCAAUAAUGCAGCACUAAACAGAGCAAGUUGUUAAUUUGUGGAGUGGGGAAAAAGUUUCUGCGAGUUGCCAUUGUACAAAUCCAUUUUUACAAAUGUUUGCAGCAGGUUCCACAGAACAAAGAGCCCAUUCAUUGCCAAGAGCCCUGCAGAAUCUCUGAGCCAAGUGGCCGAGUGUUCCGAGCCAGAGCCUGACCUGUGGACCACCUUUAAUGUCUUCUGCACCCAGUCCUUUUAUGACGUGGGGUUUUUUUAAACAGGGUAAAGUGAAUGUGUUGCAUUGCAAACUCAGGUAUUGUGAGGAGAAGGUAGGAGUGUAGCUAGAAGCGUGGAGACAUUAGGUCAGCCACUAGAUGUAUUUGUGAAUUUGGUUUGAAGGACACAGAGAAAAGUUGGAGGGGGAGGUUUGAUGUGUUUGUUUUUUGCCUUUCUUCCCAUAAUGUUUGGUUAACAGGUAGCCCUUUUGCUAGUGGAAGAAGAAAGAAGUUGUGCUUGUUGUAUAAUUCCCCUCUCUUCUGUCCUCUCUCUGAUCCCCUGCCACCAACAACAGUCACUUUGAGUGAGAAUUUUUCCAUCAUAAAAAUGACCCUGAAAGCUGUGUAGUAAAAGGAGAAUCCCACCUCCUUGCACUGUGUUGAAACAUACAAGUUUUUCCCUUCUUUUCCCUUUGAAUGUUUUCUUGACCCAAGACAAAAGUUUGAAAUCUUGGAACUUCACCUGCAACUCAUGCUCUCUGGCUCCUUGUAGACUUUUGGAGUCUUUCACAAGGUUUGGUGGUCUUUCCCUUAGUCUGGAGAAACUCCCCAGAACCUAUCUCAAAGCACUCCACCUGGCUUAGAGGCUACCCAGCCCCCAUGCCCAACCCGUAGGUGUGGUGGGUGAACCUCUAGGAAUAGGAGGCAGUAGGCAGGAGCUUCUCUGUCCUGUUCCCCAGAACCCGAGGAGGGAGAGAGGGAACCUAGGGGUCACCGUGGCAUCACUCUAUACCUACGUCCCUCUCACCUACUACCCCUUCUCAGGGAAUUGAGUACCUGCCAUUGCCAAUAUGUCUAUAGGCCCUUAAAGCUCUGGGCUCUCUGAGCUAGCUGCCUUGUUAUGCUAUCCAUUUCCUACUUUAGUUCUUGAUUUGCUGGGGAAUGGGAUGGAUGGAGACAGACAGAUAAACUCAGCAUGGGCAACAUCUAAGUCAUGUCCAACAUUGGCCAAAGUAAAGGGCCCCUGGCCUCCUAGCAGGGCAGGAAGUUGAGCAGUGGUUCCAAGUCUAGCUCUGGGCCCCUGGUUUAUGUCUUUUUCCCAUGUUGCUUUUUAAAAUUUUGCAGUUGUUUUAAGAAAUCCAGACUUUGAGACCAACCCUUUCAUUAAACUUUAAAUUUUUCUUUAUUGAUUUUCUGAAAGUAUAAAACAAAACAAAACAAAAAAAAACUAAAAAAGUAAACAAAAAAUGUAUACAAAAAACUACUCUUAGGUCCCCCUACUUGAUCUAUGAGAGUUCCCCUGCACUCCCCUCUGCCUUUGCAGUUGAUUAUUCCUCCCUUUUUCCUUGGCUUGAAGCAUCUAUGUCCAGUGUCUGUGAAAUGAUGUUUUAUCUGUGUCUCAGGAUGAGAAACGGCAAUCAUUCCACCAGGUGCUGGAAACCGAUUAACCUUGAGGGCAAGGGUUUCUAGGGCCACAGCUCAGGGAUGUGUAUUUAAUUACAGGGUCCCCAGAAACCCCUCUCUUGGCUGGCAUGAGCAACAGCUUCUUUUCUGGACUUGGGAGCCAGACCUGGACUGUUCUCUCAGAGGCAGGAGCCCCAGAGAGCAUUCUGAGUGUGGGGACAAACUGGGGCUUCCUCUGGCUGCACCUUGGCUACCUUGAGACUUGACUUCUGGCUGUCCUGCAACAUGAAUCACAGUGGCCCUGCCUCUACCAACUCAUAAGAGACCUGGUCCCUCAGUCUGAUCCAGUCCCCAUCUGGCCUCCCUCCUCUGAGCCUACAGCCCUAAACGGGCCACAACCACCUCAGGCAUCAAUCGCAGGCUCAAACUGAAGCUGUGAGCCAGGCCAGAGCUUGCUUUAAGCCCAAGAAAAAAAGUUGUACUAACUGGUGGAGGCUAGUCUUCUGAAUCCUGGAGCCAGCCUUGCCAGCCAAAGGGUCAUUUUUGCCCUUUGGUGACCGUUGUUUUCUUUCUCUGAAAUGUCUUAUAAUAGGUGAUAAUGUUGACUCAAAUUUCCAUGAAAAAGAAAAAAAAACUACCUCUUGAGUGACAUCCUGGUCGAUUAUUCUUUGAGGAAUACUGUGGGAAAAGAGCUCUGUAGCUCCUGCUCUGUUUACAUGUUUCUGUCGGGAAAGAAACCCGCCUGCCCUGGGUUGUUGGUGUUUUUGUCUGUGUCGCCGUCCCAGGUUUGUGAUAGGGGCUUGUGGCUGCGUUGUAAUGUCUGGGCAAUGUCUGCGGAGUCCUCCCCACCUGCCCAGCCAGGGACCAGCCACCCUUCGAAGAGGCGUCCAUUUCCUUCCCAUGAUCCAAGGCACAGGGAGCACCACCUCCCACACCACCCCCGUAAGGGGCUCUGGUGGCAUGUGCAGCCAUGAGUCUACUCCAGGGCCACCUACCCUAGGCCCACCUCUACCCACAAUCCUGUGUAGGAAUCGAGUAAACGGAUGUCUCUGAGCCCUUGUUCCCAAAGGACCGGCCAAGGGCUGCCCACCAGCCUGGCUCCAUCAAUCCUGCAUGACCAAAUGAUAGUUGGUGGGCUCUGCAGGCUACCCAGGCCCUCUGCUACCUCCCACCCUGCCAGCUGGUAAGGGAUGGGCCCUUUUCUGUGAAUUGACUACCUGUGGAAAUGUGACCAAUUAGUGUGAAAUGCAUGUUUAGCAAAUGUUAGGUACUGUAUUUGAACCAAUAAAUGUGAAUCCUCUGCA